AUGAGUGACGAUGAUGAUCUCGACUUUACGUCGACUAAUCAAAGUUCAAAAAAUUUGGCUUCACUAUUUCAUGGUGGGGACCCUGCAGCGACAGUCGUAGCAUCAACAGCUGCUUACGUUCCACCUAAACAACCUAAAAAAGAUUCUCCACCAAAGAUAAUGAUAGCAACUGCUGUUCAAGCAUUUUCACUUGGUGCUGAUCAAAAAUGGACACCACGAGGAAAAAUGGGCGUAGCUUUAUUAUCAACUGAUAAUACAGUUUUUCAACUUAUUUUAUAUUUAACAAAAACUCAACAUAUUACAUCAGCUCGUAUAAUGACUACAACUAUUUUAACUUCUCAACCAAAUAAUUAUUUAUCAUUUCAAGAUGAUAGUGCACAAAAUUGGUCGAUUAUGUUUGAUAAUAAACAAGCACUUGUUGAUUUUAUUCUACAAUUUCUUCUAGCGAAAGCUUAUUUAUUUGCAUUUAAAUUCGAUCAUAUUAUACAAGAUAUUCGAGAAGGUGAAGGUUCGGCUUUAGUCGAUCAAGAUAGUGCAGAAAUAACUGUUAAUAUGCAGAAACUACUUGAAAAUGGAACAAUUUCACCGGCUGAUAAUGGAGAAACUAAACCAGUGAAAUUUAAAAUUGGUAAACAACAAAAUGGCAAAGCAUUUGAUGAUUCUCUUCGUGGAAUGAAAAAAAAUGGACAACGUGUAGCAAUGAUCGGAAAUGUAUUUUAUAAUAUAGAAGUUACUCGUAUUAAACGAGAAAAAGAUGCACGUGCUAAUUCAGUAACAACGCCUGCUGAAGAACCACAAUUACCACCACAACAACUACCACCACCAACAGUUGAACGAAAACGUACAAUAACAGAAGAUAAUGAGAAUAGUAGCGAAAAAAAUAAAAUGUUACAACGAAUUAAUAGAAUGGGUGGAGUUUCAAUGCUUCCAAAUCAAAAUCAAAAUCAAACAAGUGCAUUUGCAGCUCCAAUGCCUCCUAAUUUGACAUCAUUUAGUGAUGAUGAUUCAAUUAAUAAUGAAUUUAUACAAAAUGUUAUUGUACCACCAAGAUCUAUUACAACACCAGUACCACCAGUUCAAUUUGUACAACCAGCAUAUCAUCCACAUCAUCAUCCUCAAGCUCAACAUUUACUACAACAAUCAAAUAUGUAUACACCACAACAACCACCAAUACAUGAUUACAAUAAUCGACCAGCAUCAUCAAUGGGGGUAAUGCCUGGAAUGGGUGGUUAUCAACAAUUAUCAAUGUGGCCUCCUUCGCAAUAUCCACAAACUUCACCUAAUAUGCCACUAACGGAUAUGUUUUAUCAACAACAGCAACAACAACAACCUUUUCAAAAUGAUUUUCGUCAAUUACUCAAUCGAUUAACUGAAAAAGUUGAUGUAUUAAAUGAAAAAUUUGAUACAAAAAAUUCUACAUCAUAUCCAAAUAUGGAAACAAGCAUUGUUCUUGGAAAUAUUCAACGAAUUGUUAAAGAAAAUGAUACAAUGAAAAAAGAUUUAUUUGAUCGAAGUGCAAAAGUUGAAGAACUUAAUCUUAAAAUAUCAGAAUUACUUGAUCGAAAUCAAAAAUUAAUUGAACAGAGUCAUCAGACAUUUGAACAACGAAAUGUUGUUGUUAAUAAUGUAUCAGAACAAACUGCACAAAAAAUUCUUGAUUUAGAAAAACAAAAAGUUGAAUUAACAAACAAUUUAAGUAUAUCAACAAGUAAAAUAGCUGAUUUACAAUUACAAAUCAAUCAAUAUACACAAGAUAUUAAUGAAAAUCAAUCACGUUUAAGUACAUUAUUACAUAAAUGUGAACAAUAUAAAGAUGAUUUACAAAAAUCGGAAAAUCAACGAUCAGAAAUGCAAAUGAAAUUUGAUACAUUUGAAGAACAAUUAAAAAAUGAUAAAUCGACUAAAAAACAAUUACAAACAAAUUUAAAUACACUUGAAGAAGAAUUAGCUGAACUCAAAAUUACUUGUGCAAAUUUAGAAAAGGCAAACAAUGAACGAAAAUUAAAAUAUGAAAAUGAACGCAAACGAUGGCAAGAUGAUGUAGAUGAACAAAAAACAACCUAUGAAAGUGAAUUAGAUGAAUUACGAGCGAAACUACGUAAACAACGAACAAAUGAUAGUUUAACAAGUAAUCAAGAAAUAAGUCGAAUUGAACAAGAUUUAGAACGAGAAUGGCAAGAAAAACUUGAUCGACAACAAACACAAAAUGAACGUUUAUUAGCAUUAAAAGGAAAAGAAUUCGAACAAUUGAAAACGUUAUUUGAUGAAAAUGGAAAUAAAUUAACACAAGCAAAUGAAGAAUUAAAUGAAUCAAAACAACAAAUCGAAGCUUACGAAGAACGAUUUGAAAAACUUCAAGAACGACUUGUAUCAAUGAAAGAAAAAAUCAUUGAAAUGAAUGAUGAACAACCACAAUUAAUCAAUGAACAAGUUAAACGUGCUAUUAAUAUUAUUUUUCAACGUUUAAAAACUCGUAUUCGCCCAACAAAACAAUAUAGUGGUGAAGAAUUUCUUUCUCGUUCACUUGAAAUUAUUAAAAAAGCAACAUUAAAAGUUAUAUCAAAUGAUGAUAAUGAUAAUGAUAAUGAACCAUCAUCCGAUGAUAUAGAAUCCGAUGUUGAAAAUGAUCAAGUUCAAACAACAGAUAAUAUUGAAAAAAAUGAUCAACCAUCAAAUGGUGAUUCAGUUGAUCAAGUUACAUUAAAUGAAGAAAUUACAUCAGUAACAAUAAAUGAAAAUGAAAAUAUUCAAUCAAUAGAAUCUGAUACAACAUCAGGAAAUAGUCAAAAAAAUGGGUGGGAUACGGUUGAUGAUUUUCAACAAGAAGAAAAACCACAAUCGGAAGAAACACUUGAACAAAGUCAAAUGGUUUUAGUAUCAGAAGAUACAACUUCAUCAGUCAAUGACACAGAAACAACGUCACCAUUAGAUUCUACUAUUGAGAAUAAUGAAGCAACUUCACCAUUGAAAACUGUCGAACAAGAACAUGAUAGUGAUGGUAGUGCUGAUACAGUUGAACAAAAUGAUAAAGAAUCACCACCAGAAAUAGAAAUACCCGAAGAAAAACCUUCAAGUGAUAAUGAAGAAGAAGAUGAUGAUGACGAAUUAUUUCAAUCAGCUCGUCCAUCUGUUCAAGACAUUCCUGCACUAGCAACCAAUACCCAAACAACUGCAGCUCCAAGAUAUAAAUUCAAUGAAAACAUUCCAUUAAUGACAAAUCCAGAUGAUUCAGAUGACGAAAUGUUUAAAUAA